GUCUCUAAUAUUCACACAAGAUGGCGAUGGAGUGGAGGGAGACUCAGCUCCCCUCUUAAAUGUUCUUCUUCUGGACAUUCAAAGAGUCCUGCUUUCCCCCCCCCCCCGGAGAUUUUAAGGGUUUACAUGGCGCUGGAGGACUUGCUUUGUCUCUGUUUUUUCUCUUUGACCUUCUGUGUCCUGGCUGUGGAAGGGAAGCUGGUGCAGGGGGAUUCUCUGGAGCUGAGCUGCAGUGCUGCCUCUGCAAAGGUGACAUUAGACCCGAGCCAAGCCGUGGUGCUGGACUGUAACCUGGCCUCUGUCGAGCAGUUGAUCAAUAUCACAUGGAAGAAGAAUGGGUUCCCAUUAGUGGAGCAGGAGCACCUUCUCGUGCUUCCAAAUGGAUCACUCUUCAUAUCGUCCCCGACUGCUGCUAAGGAGAGUAAAUAUCCUGAAAGGACUGGCGCAGAGGGUAAUUACUCCUGUGUCUCCCAGAGCUCCCUAGGUGCGGUUGCCAGUCAAACGACUGCAGUUAGGUUUUCAAGUUUAUCACGUUUUUUUCAACAGCCAGAGUCUCAGACAGUGGAAGAAAAUGGUAUGGUCCGAUUUGAGUGUCGGAUCGAAGGACUGCCCUCCCCUGUCAUCACCUGGGAGAAGGAUCAAGUGGCUGUUCCUGCAGAGCCCAGGUUUAUAACUCUUCCCAAUGGCAUCCUCCAAAUCGUAGAUGUGCAGGAAAGCGACGCUGGGGCUUAUCACUGCGUAGCGACCAACGCAGCACGGAAACGCUACAGUAACGAUGCUAUUCUUAGCGUCUUAAAAGGUUCCCAACCAGCUGUGACUCGAGAUGUUGCUAUUGUUGCUGCUCCGGAGAAUACCACAGUGGUAGCUGGAGAGAGUGCCGUCAUGGAGUGUAUGGCCUCUGCAGAGCCCACCCCAUUUGUCUCUUGGAUACGACAGGACGGGAAGCCUAUUUCCAUGGACGUGAUUGUGUUAGGCCGGACCAACCUCCUAAUUCCUCAGGCCCAGCCCCAUCACUCUGGCGUGUACGUCUGUCGGGCGAACAAACCCCAGACCCGGCAGUUUGUUACAGCUGCGGCUGAGCUCAGCGUCCUCGCACCUCCCAGCAUCUCCCAGUCCCCCGAAACCAUUUCCCGCACCCGCGCCAGCACUGCCAGGUUUGUCUGCAAAGCAGAAGGGGAGCCAGCCCCCAUCAUCCACUGGCUGAAGAACGGAGAGCCCAUCCUGUCCAAUGGCCGGGUGAAAAUUCAGAGCAGUGGCAGCCUGGUGAUCAACCAGAUCGGGCUGGAGGAUGCCGGCUAUUACCAGUGUGUGGCGGAGAACAGGCUGGGGAUGGCAUGUGCCACGGCCAAGCUCUCGGUCAUUGUGCGGGAGGGCUUGCCAAGUGCUCCCAAGAAGGUGUCAGCCGUCUCCCUGUCCAGCACCACUGUCUUAGUGUCCUGGGAGCGUCCAGAGUACAACAGCGAGCAGAUCAUUGGCUUUUCCCUGCAUUAUCAGAAGGCCCUGGGAACUGAUAAUGUAGAAUACCAAUUUGCUGUCAAUAAUGAUACCACUGAGCUUCAAGUGAAAGACCUGGAACCCAAUACCAAUUAUGUUUUCUACAUGGUUGCAUACUCCCAGCUAGGAGCCAGUCGGACGUCCUCUUCCAUUAUCGUGCGGACCCUGGAGGAUGGUGCGUUGAGUAGACGUGCACGGGUGUGUCUGAAAGUAUUAUCCAGCGAUCAAGAAAUCGUUACGCUUCACAAAUGGAGACGUCACAAGACACCCUCCAGAGCAUGGUGUCAGCUUGCAGAAAUCCAGACGCGCUGCGAAGUUCCCAGCGCUGCUCCUCAGCUGUCUCUGUCAAGUACAACCCCGGCCGACAUCAGAGUGACGUGGCUGCCUCUCCCUCCGGAGCUGAGCAACGGGAAGAUAACAAAAUAUAAAAUUGACUACUGCACCCUCAAGGAAGAUCAGAUCUCCUCCACCGAGGUGGCUGCAAAUGAGACGCAAAUCACCCUUGAGUCGCUCCAUCCCAAUAAAGUCUACAAAGUGCGCAUUGCAGCCAGCACCAGUGCAGGGUAUGGGGCCCCAUCGGAGUGGACGCAGCACCGUACUCCUGACAAGGACAACCAAACACACGUUCCGUUUGCCCCGACAGAGUUAAAGGUCCGAGCGAAAAUGGAAUCCCUCCUGGUCACUUGGCAACCCCCAGCCAACCACGCCCAGAUUUCGGGCUACAAGCUGUACUACCGGGAAGUGGGCACAGAAGAGUCAAGUGACGAAAACCCCUCUGAUGGCACGGAAGAGGAGAGCUGGGAUGUGGGGCCCAUAAAGCUAAAGAAGAAAAUGAAGCAGUAUGAGUUAACUCGACUAGCCCCGGGGAGACUCUACGAGGUGAAGCUGGUGGCAUUCAGUAAGCAUGAAGAUGGCUACGCAGCUGUAUGGAAGGGCAAAACAGAAAAGGCACCAGCGACAGCAGUAGACCCUCCAGUUCAGAAGGGCCCCCCACUGCCCCCAGCCCAUGUCUAUGCAGAGUCCAACAGUUCGACCUCAAUUUGGCUCAGGUGGAAGAAACCAGACUUCACGACUGUCAAGAUCGUCAAUUACACCGUGCGUUUCAGCCCUUGGGGACUGAAAAAUGCCUCUCUUGUCACUUACUACACAAGUUCUGAUGAAGCUAUUCUCAUCAGUGGAUUGAAACCCUACACCAAGUAUGAGUUUGCAGUCCAGUCUAAUGGAGUUGGGAUUGACGGACCGUUCGGCAGCGUGGUGGAGAGGUUGACCCUCCCUGACCGGCCGUCGACGCCUCCAUCCGACCUCAGGCUGCAACCGAUCAACCCAUACGCCGUGCAGGUGCAUUGGUGUCCUCCAGUCGAACCCAAUGGCAUCAUCGUGGAGUAUGUCAUCCUGUAUAAUGCAAACAACACGCAGCCCGAUGACAUGUGGACUCUGCUGAGGAAAGAAGGAAAUACUUUCAGCACCGAGGUGCAUGGCUUGGAGAGCGACACCAGGUAUUACUUCAAGAUGGGAGCAAAGACCAUUGUAGGGUCCGGGCCGUACUCGAACGUAAAGGACGUGCACACCCUUCGCGAGAAGCGGUCAGAUGUUCUGGAUAUCCACUCGGUCACCGGGAUCAUCGUGGGAGUCUGCUUAGGUCUCCUCUGCAUACUCUUCUGUAUGUGUGCCAGUUUCCGCAGCAGCAAGCAGAGGGAGGCUCUGCCAGGCCUGGAUUCUCAAGCCGCUGGGAAUCACAGCUCCUAUCACCGGGGCAGGCAGGGACCGCCCGGGCCCAGCGCCAAGUCUGAUUCUCAUGAGCUGGAAUCGCUCAUGUCCCCACUCUCUGAAGAGGUUCCCUUGCCCCUGGUGGACAUCACAGAGCUGACGGAAGUACACAGCCUCAUCCACACCAGCCUUCCGGAUGACGGCAUCCACGGGAUAAGAAAGUCUACAUGGAGUAAAUCAAUUAAUCAGAACUGGGCAAGUAGCAUAGCCAGAUGUGGAGAUGCCAUUACAAAGGAGCCUACUGCUGCUGUGAAUGGAACACUGAAGCCGCCUUCUAAUGCAGGACAAAAGCUUUUGCUACAAGCCCUGGUGUAUGAUGCUGUUACGAAUGAAGUGAUGAAAAAUCAACCACCCAUCAGCCUUCAUCAAGUGGAAGCCGAGGUCAUCGUCCAUUCCGAUUUCUCAGCCUCUGACAGAGACUGCGACUCUCAGCUUCACACGCUGGACGCUGAAGAAACGGAUCCUGAGGACCACAGCCCAGAAAACGUCCCCUCCGAUGAGCAGCCCCUUCAAACCUCCCCAAACGCCAAGCAGAAUGUCAGCAUAGCAUUCGUGGACUGCCAAGGCAAACCUGAGCUUCAGACCCAGGACGCCAUGUUAAGUACUGACAGAAAGACUAACAAAAUGGAAGCCGUCGGCUCUCAUGGGCUCACCAACGGCUUCCACAAGCACGGAGAAAGUCUGGACUCUAUGGAAAGCGGGGAUUCGGACUCUCUUCAAGAAGACAGAGGGAAUGUACAGUCAGUCAAGUGCCAAGCUUUUCCCACAGGCCAGCAGGACGCCCCUCUGUGUAGUAUCUCUGCGCUAAUCAAUUCAUCCUCAGCAUCUGAGAACGUGACGCGUGUCCAUAACCAUUAAAGAGGAAAUUAAUCUGAUUUUGACCAUGGGAGAGCUAGAAGAAGUAGGUGUGAGUUACUGGGGGCCAGAUCCGGAGAGAUACUGUGUGCCCUCACCUCGCAGUGAAUUCGGUGGGGCUGAGGGUGCUUAGCACCUUAGAGACUCAGGUUCCUGGACAGAUGAACAGCCCUAAAUUCACAUGAAAUAAAUCAAUAUGUAGAUUGCUGUGGGCCCAAUCCAACACCCAUUGAAGUGACUAAAACCGAACCUUCUGCCUGCAGCCUGUGCCAUUGUUUCCUUUUAUUCCAUGCUGGGGAGUGCCGGGACAUUUUUCACGACAGAAAGAGGGAGAAUACAUUAAGUGUAUCUUCUCCAAUGUUGCUCUUCGCCAGGGAGGGCCGCAGCCAAAGGGGUUGAGACAAACACCAGCCGAAAGGCAAUUAGCCGUAGCCAGCGGCCUUCUCCGCUCACCCAUGGUUAAAAUGAUUUUAAUGAUCCCUUUGUACACUACCCCGGUAAACAUUACUAGCAGGCUGACGUAGUGGCCUUUUAUUACACACUCUGCGAGUGCCUCUAACAACUUGUACUACACAGAACCUUCUUCAGCGUCUCGGUCACUUCACCAAGCUGGACUUUGUGUUAUGUAGGUUCUUGUACCUAUCGUUUUAGGUACGUCUCUCUCCUUUUAAUGUACGACAAUGUAUUUUUAUUUCCUCGGAGCAUCUUUAUAUUAUUUAAUUUUAUAAAGUGGAGUAGCGUGUGGUCUAGAGUAGCAUUUUUACUACUUCUCUCUUUAUUUUUUCCUCCUUAACAACACAACUACCUCAUGUCUGUUGGAGAAAAAAAAAAAAAAGCAGUAGAUUUACUCUUUUGUUAUAGUCCAUUUUAGUUUUUAACUUAUUCUUAUACUGCCUUUUUCUAAAGAAUAUGUUUGCACUGGUUUUUGACUAUUUUUUAAUGAAUAGUGCUGCAGGUGUCAAGUCUCUCUCUUUCUUUUGAAUACAUUACGGCAGGACCACCUGCCCUAGGACUGGCGCGUUGGGCGUGUUUGGCCAUUAGAACCAUGUGCUUUGCAAAAAGGCCAUCGCAGAUGGGGCGAUGGUUGGCAGCAUUUUGUUUUUAAGGGGCUCAUGCUGGUAAAGAAAAUGAAGAGCUGAAGUUUUCAAACGGGGAGCGUCAGUUUGUUAGGGCCCAACAUGAGACAUAGAAUCAUAGAAUAUCAGGGUUGGAAGAGACCUCAGGAGCUCAUCUAGUCCAACCCCAACUAAAGAGACACUUUAAAGAGGCCAGAUUGCUUGAGUGUGGGUACAAAACAGUUUCUGAAAAUUGGGUCCCUUUAAAGUGGGUCAAAUUCGGCAGCCAAAAUCACAAGUCACUUCUGACAAUCUUGGCCAAAAUGGAUUUUCAGGGUGUGCCUGGCCUUCGAGCUGGGGCGUCCGCUUUCCUGCUCAAGGAGACUGACUUACUCGGAGACAACCCGUGCCUGCCGAUAGUGGGGGGCAGAGUGAGGGCAGCCAGCUUCAGCAAUGUUACUGAGCAUGCUCAAUUCGUGUGAGCAUGCUCAAUACAAGGCAAGCUGCAAAUCUGGGCGGGGGGGACGGGCAUAUGACCCCACAUGCCUCCCGCCAUGCAUCACCUCUGCUUACACUACCUGUCAUAAAGCUAGCACCCUAAAAAUGGAGUGUAGCCACGGGCAGGCGAGCUGUGGGAGGGGCUAGCCUCCCCGACUACAGACCCAUGCCACGUACUCACGUAGCUAACCUGUUGCAUCACACUCCGCUCUAUUUUUAGCAUGCUAGGUCAAUGGCCGCUAGUGUGAGUGUGUCUCCUCCCGCUGGGAUUCGCACCUGCUGCUCGGCGCGAGGCCGUCCCCUUAAAAGGACAGAGCCACGUUAAAAAAAAAGUUCGUUCUUGUUCAAAUAGCACCUUGAAUGAUCACAGAUUUUAAAUAAUCUCAUUUACUCUUCAUUAUUUAGACUGUUUACUGAGGGCAUUUCUCUCCGCUUGACCCUUUGAAAAGAAAGGAGUUAGUUUCCCUUCAUUCCUACCCUGUCUUAGCUCAGUUUCAGAUUCUCAAAACACAGCCAUGUUUGAAUAGCGAACAUUGCAGACUGGGCCAAAUCCUGAGAGGUGCUGAGGAUCUGCAUUUCCCAUUGAAUUCAUUGGACAUUGCGGGUGCUGAGGAGAUGCUCAGCAUUUCUUUGGAUUUAGCCAUUUGUUGGUUAAAUAGCGAAGAAAAACAAAAAAAAACCCCAAACCCUGCUUCCAUUGGAAUUAGCCAGAAAAAUAUCAUGGAGACCUUUGUGCUGAUCUGAGGCUUUGUAAAAAGUUUUUACAUCUCAGUCCAGAUUGUGAUACAGGAUCACCCUUGCGAGCAGAGGGGAACCCUGUACUCCACAGGCAGCCCUGCAGUCUGGCCCUAUAAUUGGAGCUGAAUUGACCUGACUGCAUCCCUUUAUUUCAUCAUUAUUUGCUUGCAAAAUGUCCCAUUGGCAGUGACUGUCGUGGACAAGAGUCCGCAAAGGCCACUGUUUCCUCUGUUCUGGUAACGUGGAUGGAUAUGAAAGAUGCCUUCCUCUCCCAUCAACUCUGACAGGGUGUAGAGAGAGGGGACUCUCCCGUCCUGCAGUGGAUUGUCUUUCCAUGGUGCGUGCCUGUAACUCCCAUUCAUGUUCAUGGCAUUUACUGGUGCAAGUCAAGGAAUGAAUCAGAUCCCUCUUGAGCAGUCCGAUCCUGCCCUGGCUACUCACUCAAGGCUCCCUUUGAUUCCAAGUGGAACCUGGGGGGGGGGGGGGGUGUGUUAAAAGGUCCCUGUCCAACACGCAGGCAAGCCAAUGGAUCAGACCCUGGUAGGCUCUAACCUGACUCUGAGGCUCUUGCUUUCUCCUGCCUUUGGCCACCCUUCUCUAGCAUAUAACUUCUGUCCCCAGUAAUGUGAGUGGUGUCUGUCACAGCUCUGUCUUUCCAUUCCCUGCCCAGCCCCAAAGACGGUUUGGAGCCUAGAGUAGCCUCUUGAAUGUCAUUCUGUGAGAAACUGCAAAGUGGUAUGAAAGGCGACCUGCAUUGCUCCCAGCCCCACCACACUGAAGGAGCAAGCAGCACGAGAGCUCGUCUGUACAGAGAGUUACUGUGCAGCAAGCCGGGGUAUCAGUCUACAGCGCUCCAGCCCACCGCACGCUAACUGGCCGGGUGGACCCUGCUACCCUGUGGCCCUGCUUUGCAGUAGUUCAAAGUGCACUAGGGGACUCUGUGUGCACGGCAGUCUAGAACGCUACACCCCAGCUUGCUGCUCACUGCCUCUCCAUACAGACACACCCUGAGAUCCCUGUUGAACAGGCCGAUCGCUCGUAACCAUCAUUUGUUAGACCCUCAGGAACCCCCACCCCAAUACCAUGGGAUGACAGGGUCAGUGAAGGGGGCUGUUGAGCUCAAGAACUAAAUUUUAAAAAAUGAGUAGCUCUGCUAUUCCAAAAGAGCCUUUUUCAAGGCACGUGGUAUGUGCCUGGUUCUGAAUGAGGCCUCCACCUGGCUUCCUGUUUUGUGGGUGGAAAUUUCACACUCUCACAAUUUCGUGAGGCAAAUACUUGCAGGUGCCACUGUCUACAGUGCCAUGUGGGAUAGCAGCUGCCAAUCACGUCUUAAUGACCUCAGCCAUGCCUGCAUUUCUUUCCAUACAUGUCGAUAGGUUUUAAAUUAACUGGAACCACUCAGGAAAUAGACCUAGCUGCCAAUAAGAGCCAUUGCAAUGGAAACAUGUGUUUGGUGAGCAGCAGCGGUCAAAAGAGAGAGGAAAAGACAAAAAAAAAAAAAGCAAAACCAGAUGUUAGGCUUAAUUAAGAAAGGGAUAGAGAAUAAUGCUGGAAAUACUGAGUGCCAUUGUCAAAUCAAUGAUAC